AUGGUUUCAGUGAAUAUAAGAAAAUAUUUGCCGACGAAUUCCCAGAUGACAGACGAAUUAUUUUCAAGACCGGCGAAGCUUUAUGAAAACAUGAAAAAUGUGUCUGUCGACUCGCGUGUAAUUGACUUCGUUUGGUGUGUACUUAAAAAUCUUUAUGGCACUUUCAAGACAUUCGUUAGUUUUUUUAAAAUAGUUCAAAUAAUGGUUGUUGGUGGUAUCAAUUUAAUAUUCAUUGUACAUCGUACAAUGCUGAUGCAUAACAAUUUUCAACAAAUAAUGCAAUUCACUUCUCUACAGCUCUUUUGUUCUAUUUAUAAAUUUAUAAACGAAAAUGUUGAGUUGCUUACUUCCUGCUCAAAUCCUAAACAAGACUUUCAACGCUUGAGCAUCAUGAUGAUUUAUUACAUAUCGUUUGAGAAUAAUUCAUCACGACUGCAAUGGGCCUUUGUUCAACUUCUAUUAAAAUUAGAAAGUAUAACUAAAUCAAUUAAUUUUCAUUUCUCUAUUGAUGAAGAAAGCUUCAAGAUCAUUUUAAAAUCUGCCCUUCAAAUCAUGCAUCGUUAG